ACUUUAGUUCUGAGAUUUUUCAAGACCUUCAAUGGUGCUGCGGGUUCUGAUCUUCUCUGCCCUCCUUUGCCUGGCUUUGGCACAUGAAAGCAGUGAAGAACAUGAUAAGACUCAAAUAUAACCAUGUCCUUUUAUUGCUUUUUUAUUGCUUGUUCUCUGGAGGACACUCUGAAGAGAAUCCUAGUGAGAAUCCCAGUGGGAAGCGAGGCCACUGCCCAAUUGUCCCUUCUGGUAAUAAUGUGACCCUUGCUGCUUGUGCCACCUCUUGCCCUGGAGGCUCCAACUGCUCUAACAUCGAGUGCUCCUCUGACACCAACUGCACUGGAAUCGAGAAAUGCUGUAACACCGGCUUUGGAAUGAAAUGCGUCUACCCAGAAUACAAGUCAACUUGUGUGGAGGAUAUAGACUGUGCUGGAAUUCUAAUCUGCUGCAAAGGACACUGUGUCCUUCCAAAGCCCCCCAAGAAAUGGCUGAUAGGAAAGAUCAACAAAUCCAAAUGUGACUGAGGAGAGAAUAAACAAGCGACUGAGGAGUCAGCGCACAAUGGGCUGAAACUUGAUGUUGCAUGAAAAAAAUGUCUGAAACAAUAAAC